UGCUGAAAGGUCUGGUCGCAGAGGCAGGAACGCGUAAUCCUCAGCGUGCUCCAUCCCGGCAGCAUCCUUCCAGGCUCGGCAGGGCAGCGAGCCUCUGGGCACCAGCCCCUGCUCCGCGGAAAAGCCUGAUGAAGUCCUCCGAUAUCGACCAGGAUUUAUUCACAGACAGUUACUGCAAGGUGUGCAGUGCACAACUGAUAUCUGAAUCUCAGCGCGUGGCCCAUUACGAGAGUCGAAAACAUGCAAGCAAAGUCCGACUGUACUACAUGCUUCACCCCAGGGACGGUGGGUGUCCUGCCAAGAGGCUCCGGUCAGAAAAUGGAAGUGGUGCUGAUAUGGUUGAUAAGAACAAGUGCUGCACACUCUGCAACAUGUCUUUUACCUCAGCGGUGGUGGCCGACUCCCAUUAUCAAGGCAAAAUCCAUGCCAAAAGGUUAAAACUGUUGCUAGGAGAGAAAACUCCGCUAAAGGCCACAGCAACCCCCCUGAGCUCACUUAAGCCUCCAAGGGUGGACACUGCUCCGGUGGUCACAUCUCCCUAUCAAAGAAGAGAUUCAGACAGAUACUGUGGGCUCUGCGCAGCCUGGUUUAAUAAUCCCCUGAUGGCCCAGCAGCAUUAUGAUGGGAAGAAACACAAAAAGAAUGCAGCAAGAGUUGCUUUAUUAGAACAACUUGGGACAACUCUGGAUAUGGGGGAACUAAGAGGUCUGAGGCGCAAUUACAGAUGUACCAUCUGCAGUGUCUCUCUAAACUCAAUAGAACAGUAUCACGCCCACCUGAAAGGAUCUAAACAUCAGACCAACCUGAAGAAUAAGUAGUGAAAACAUCAAUCAAGAUGAGAAAAAAAAUAUCAGGAUUUCUCUGCCAUGGAGAAUUACUUAUCAACCACCAGAGGAGAAAUCUUUCUUGAACAAUGAACAUUUUUACGAGGAUUCACAGAUUAACAUGUGACCAAUCUUAGUUUUGGAAAGUGAGCUUUAUUUAUUUCUUCUUCUUGUUUUUUUAAUUUUGUGGUAAGUUGUGAUGUUUGGAUGGAUUUUUAAAUUAUUUUCUGAUAAUAUAUUUAGCACAUGAUCUAAAUUAUAAUCCUAUACCAAACAGUGAAAGCAUCAUUUAAACUUAAAGACAAUGGAAAAAUCUAAAUCUCCAGUUUAUUCUAGAUUUCUUUAACAUAUAAAAUUAUUCUAUUAAAUCCUGGAUGAUUGUUAUGUAAAGCACCUCUAUCAAGAAAGAAACACUAUUUUUUCAUCAUGUGGAACAUGACUGUGGCAACGUGCCCUAAAUGGGAAAGAAUCACUCCCUGGUCCUUCUCAUCUCACCUUACAAAAUGUGAGCCAGCCUUGCCAUCUGAACAGCAAGAAUGAAGAAGGCAAAUAAAAGAAAAAUCCUCAUCUCUGUUUUCUGAUCAUUCAAAAAACAGCUUCUCAAGGUUAAGCCAAAUCCUCUUUGCAAGCUGCCAAAAUAAUAGCUUAGGAAAAGAAUUAGUUUGCCUGCAUGAUGAUCCUCUUAGGCAAAAAUGUCUUCACAGCAGUUGACCUUGAUGAAAUGUUUUCCCAAAGGCAUCCAAAGGAAGAAUUAUAGAUCCCAGAACAGGAGAGAAGUAAAUGAAUAAUUCUUAUGAAGUUGGCCUGACUUAAGGGCUUCAAUGUGGGGUACUAUGAUUUGGAAAUAAGUGGGUGAAUUCUGAAGAAUAACAGCCUUGGGUAUGAUGAGGUCCCCUAUUGCUCUGUUUCUCACUGAAGUGCUCUCUAUGAGCCAAGAUUCAAUCACUUUGGGAAAAACACCAGUGGCCAGUAUGGCAGACUGGAACCCUGUUACUCUGAUGGGGAACAGAGUGUCUCUGAGUGUAAACCAUAAGGCUCUUUCUCUAGGUUCCAUCUCCAUCAGACUGGAUUCGGUGACUUGCAGGCUGGCUGCAAAGCCAGGCAUUUAGCUGCUACUCAUGAUGCUUCUCAAUGGUCUGGCUGGGCUGUCCUUUGUAUGUUGUGACUACAGGCAAGUGAUCUGCUGGUGUCAGGGUUUUCUGUCGCCUGUUGUUUUUCCACAGAGAGCCAAGGUGGUUACAACUCAGUGAGCAAUAAAUGAAAUGACUUAGAAACGCACAGUGUUGUUAUUAAGGUGUUUGAGAUUUGGCACCAUUUCCUGGAGGAGGGCCCACUCAGGAGGGACCAAGGUGGCCAGUGUCCAUGACUACAGAAGGAGCAGCCACCCCAACCACAGCUGUCCUGUUGGAAGGAAGAAAGAUGUGAUGGGGAACAAACUAUUUUGCUGUUUUGGAAAGCACACAACCGAGCUGCAAACCUUCUAUGGUGACUUUUGUUCAAAUGUGUAAAAUGAGGCUUUAUUUGUCAAUUCUGCUGUAACAUACGCAACUGUCCUAGUAAAAAAAGAGAAAAAAAGUCUUUGUUUCUCUUUGUGUUUAGUGAGUGAGCUCAUGCCCUCGGGUGUUUU